AUGUUAUCUGGGUAUCAUAUGGAUUUAGCCAUGAGUUCUAAAUCUUCUGUUGUUCACUUUUUAGAGGGAAAAUGUUACGAGGUCGUAUUUACUACUUAUAACGGCUUAUAUCGGUAUCGAACAGACGAUAUUAUACGAAUAGUCGGACGUUACUAUGAAUUGCCAACAUUUGAACUGACCGGAAGACGUAAUCAGUUUUUACGUAUCGCCGGUGAAAUGGUUAGUGAAACAAUGUUACGUCGAACAAUUGAUUCUCUUCUGUCUGAAGAAUCUACAAAAUUGUUCCUCAGUCACGACGAUGAAGAGAAGAAGGAGGAAUGUCCGCCGCAGUACUGUGCGUUUAUUGAUUUGUCAAAAUCACCAGCAUGCUAUGCUCUCGGUAUUGAAGUUGAAGAUGAUUGUGCGGAGAGUAAGAGCGAAGAAGAAAUGACGACUUAUGGUAGGAAACUUUGUGAUCACUUUGACAGAAAACUACAAGAAAAUGAUUAUAGUUAUCGUAAAUGCCGUUCGGAACAUCGUAUAUCAUCACCAACGUUGUACUUGUUGAAAGAAGAUGUUCUCACAACAGGAAUCCGUAAUAUGAAGUUGAGACGUGGUAGCGGUGGUGCACAGAAAUCAAAUCAGAUUAAAUCAAAGUUGAAUUUGAUUGUGUUAGAUGCAGAAUUAAAUUCAACACAGGUUGGAGAGUGA